AUGGCUGGGGGCCUUUCGCUGCUGCUCCCCGCCGGGGGACGGGCCCUGCUCCUCCUGCUCUGCGUGGCCACGACCCAGUCCCACUGGCCAAGUGACCCGGCGGAGGCGGCCAGGGGCUGGGAGGACCAGCUGGAGGCGUCCAUGCACUCGGUGCUGUCGGGCCUCCCGGAGGCUGCCCCCACCGUGGCCGGCAUUCCGGACGGCACGGCUGUGGUCGGGCGCGUGUUUCGAGUGACCAUUCCUGCAGAUGUAAUUGCGUCUGACGGAGAAGCCAUCAAGGUGGCGGCUGCAGGGAAGGAGGCCUUGCCGCCCUGGCUGCACUGGGACCCGCAGAGCCGCAGCCUGGAGGGCCUCCCCCUCGACACAGACAAGGGGGUGCAUUACAUUGCGGUGAGCGCGGCACGGCCCGGGGCCAACGGGAGCCACGUCCCCCAGGCUCCCAGCGUGUUCUCCAUCGAGGUUUCCCCGGAGGACCACAGCGAGCUGCAGGCCGUGCGGGCCGCCCCGGACCCCGGGGAGCCGGCGAACUCCGCCUGCGCUGCCGACGAGCCCGUGACGGUGCUGACGGUCAUUCUGGACGCCGACCUCACCAAGAUGAGCCCACAGCAGAGGGUCGCGCUGCUGCACAGCAUGCGGAGCUUCUCGGGCAUGGAGCUGCCCGGCAUGAAGCUGGUGCCCGUGGUGAACAACCGGCUGUUCGACAUGUCCGCCUUCAUGGCCGGCCCCGGCAACGCCAAGAAGGUGGUGGAGAACGGGGCGCUGCUGUCCUGGAGGCUGGGCUGCUCCCUCAACCAGAACAGCGUGCCUGACAUCCGCGGCGUGGAGGCGCCCGCCCGGGAGGGGGCCAUGUCCGCCCGGCUCGGCUACCCCGUCGUGGGCUGGCACAUCGCCAACAAGAAGCCCCCUCUCCCCAAGCGCGUCCGGCGGCAGAUCCACGCCACCCCCACCCCCGUCACUGCCAUCGGCCCCCCCACCACCGCCAUCCCGGAGCCGCCAUCCAGGAUCGUGCCCACCCCCACGUCGCCAGCCAUCGCUCCUCCCACGGAGGCCAUGGCUCCGCCGGUCAGGGGCCCCGUUCCUGGGAAGCCCACGGUCACCAUUCGGACUCGCGGGGCCAUUAUUCAGACGCCAACCCUGGGCCCCAUCCAGCCCACUCGGGUGUCCGAAGCUGGCACCACGGCUCCUGGUCAGAUCCGCCCCACGAUGACCAUUCCCGGCUACGUGGAGCCCACGGCGGUCGUUACCCCUCCCACGACCACCACCAAGAAGCCACGCGUACUCACGCCCAAGCCAGCCACGCCUUCUACCGACUCCUCCACCACCACGACCCGAAGGCCCACCAAGAAGCCACGCACCUCCCGGCCGGUGCCCCGGGUCACCACCAAGGCGCCCGUCACCAGGCUGGAGACGGCCUCGCCGCCGACACGCAUCCGCACCACCACCAGCGGGCUGCCCCGCGGCGGGGAGCCCAACCAGCGCCCCGAGCUCAAGAACCACAUCGACAAGGUGGACGCCUGGGUGGGCACCUACUUCGAGGUGAAGAUCCCGCCGGACACCUUCUACGACAGGGAGGACACCACCACCGACAAGCUGAAGCUGACGCUCAAGCUGCGGGAGCAGCAGCUGGUGGGCGAGCAGUCGUGGGUGCAGUUCAACAGCAACAGCCAGCUGCUGUACGGCCUGCCCGACGCCGGCCACGUGGGCAAGCACGAGUUCUUCCUGCACGCCACCGACAAGGGCGGCCUGUCGGCCGUGGACGCCUUCGAGAUCCACGUGCACCGGCGCCCGCAGGGGGACAAGGCGCCCGCGCGCUUCCGGGCCACGCUGGCGGGCGAGCCGGGGCCGCUGGUGAGCGACGUGCACAAGAGGAUCGCGCUGGUGCGGAAGCUGGCCUUCGCCUUCGGGGACCGCAACUGCAGCACCGUCACGCUGCAGGGCAUCCGCCCCGGCUCCGUCGUGGUGGAGUGGACCAACAACACGCUGCCCCUGGAGCCCUGCCCCAAGGAGCAGGUGGCCGCGCUGAGCCGCAGGGUUGCCGAGGACGACGGCAAGCCCCGGCCCGCCUUCUCCAGCGCCCUGGAGCCCGACUUCAAGGCCCUGAGCCUGGCCGUGACGGGCUCCGGGAGCUGCCGGCACCUGCAGUUCAUCCCCGUGGCGCCGCCCCGGAGGGCGCCCUCCGAGGCGCCCACCACGGCCGUGCCCGACAGGGACCCCGAGAAGAGCAGCGAGGACGACGUGUACCUGCACACGGUCAUCCCGGCCGUGGUGGUGGCCGCCAUCCUGCUCAUCGCCGGCAUCAUCGCCAUGAUCUGCUACCGCAAGAAGCGGAAGGGCAAGCUCACGCUGGAGGACCAGGCCACCUUCAUCAAGAAGGGCGUGCCCAUCAUCUUCGCCGACGAGCUGGACGACUCCAAGCCGCCGCCCUCCUCCAGCAUGCCCCUCAUCCUGCAGGAGGAGAAGGCCCCCCUCCCGCCCCCCGAGUACCCCAACCAGAGCGUGCCCGAGACCACGCCCCUGAACCAGGACACCGUGGGAGAAUACACGCCCCUGCGCGAGGAAGACCCCAACGCGCCUCCCUACCAGCCGCCCCCGCCCUUCACGGCCCCCAUGGAAGGCAAGGGCUCCCGCCCCAAGAACAUGACCCCGUACCGGUCCCCCCCGCCCUACGUGCCCCCUUAA